GCUAUGAAGUCUAAGUCCAACUGCGCUCAGAAUCCGAGCUGCAGCAUAAUGAUAUUUCGUCCCAGCAAAGAAGAGUUUAAUGAUUUUGACAAAUACAUCGCUUACAUGGAGUCCCAAGGGGCACACCGAGCUGGACUGGCCAAAGUCAUUCCGCCCAAAGAAUGGAGAGCCCGGCAGUCCUAUGAGGACGUCAGUGACAUGGUAAUAGGCACUCCCCUGCAGCAAGUGGUGUCUGGCCGUGCAGGUGUGUUCACUCAAUUCCAUAAGAAGAAGAAAGCCAUGACAGUGGGGCAGUACCGUGACCUGGCCAACAGCAAAAAAUACCGGACCCCGCCACACCUGAACUUUGAAGAUUUGGAGAGAAAAUACUGGAAGAAUCGCCUCUAUGAGUCACCAAUUUACGGUGCAGAUGUCAGCGGCUCCCUGUUUGAUGGGAAAACUCAAAACUGGAACGUGGGACACCUGGGAACAAUUCAGGACCUGUUAGAACAAGAAUGCGGCAUUGUGAUUGAGGGCGUCAACACGCCCUACCUCUACUUUGGCAUGUGGAAAACCACCUUCGCGUGGCAUACGGAGGACAUGGACCUGUACAGCAUCAAUUACCUGCACUUUGGGCAGCCCAAGACGUGGUACGCGGUGCCCCCUGAGCAUGGCGGACGCCUGGAGCACCUGGCCAGACAGCUGUUCCCGGGCAGCUCCCAGGGCUGCCAGGCCUUCAUGAGGCACAAGGUGGCACUCAUCUCCCCCACUGUGCUCAAGGAGAAUGGCAUCCCCUUUGGACGCAUGACGCAGGAGGCUGGGGAAUUCAUGGUUACCUUUCCCUAUGGCUAUCACGCUGGCUUCAAUCACGGCUUCAACUGCGCAGAGGCCAUCAAUUUCGCCACCCCAAGGUGGAUCGACUAUGGGAAGGUAGCGACUCAGUGCAGCUGUGGGGAGGCCAGGGUGAGCUUCUCCAUGGAUGUCUUUGUGCGGAUUCUGCAGCCUGAGCGAUAUGAACUGUGGAAACGUGGCCAAGAUCAGGCAGUUGUGGACCAUACAGAGACUGGUUCUGCCAGUCAGGAGCUUACCACCAGGCGCGUGACCAAAGCACCAAGAAAACCUCAGGGACAGAGGCGCCUCCGGCUUCGCCAGGUCUCACACACUCUUCCGCCUAGAGCCACUGGCAGUAAGAUUGCUUGCAGCUACAGGCAACCGUCAGAUGCCGCAGUUGGUGAGGUCCAGAAGCCUGAUCGAGCCCCUGUCCCACCAUCUACCCUGGGUCCAUCUUCUUCUCCUCACUACAAGUCAACUGGAAGACGUGGCCUUGGUCGACGCCAUUGUGAACUAGGAGUGCAGGAGUCCACCAAUGAGGCUCCAGUCAAGAGGCGCCAGCCAGCAGGCAGAGCAGACACAGAGCUUCUGACACAGUCAGAACUGAGCUUUGAUAGCCUGACCUGUACCUGUGAGGUCAGCCACACUGCAUCCUGUGACAGCUUCUGA